AUGAGCAUUAGUUUUAUUUAACUAAAUGAUACCAUACGAUAUGGCGUUGUCUGUGCUGAAAUAGAGAAAUGUGAAUCUCUUUUGGACGUGUAUUCCCUGGUAUAUUGGCGAAGACAUUAUGUGAUAAUAUGUGUGAAAGUAUUUUUAAUUCAAUUCAGUUAGUUUAUGAUUCAAAAUAUAGCAAGCAGUAUGCCGCUUCGAAAUUGAGUUCUGACUUACAAGCUGUAAGGCCUAACAAAAACAUCCAAACAAAUAUAUUUGGUCAAGACAAUAGCUCAGAGGAUUUUGUCAUGGGUAUUGUUGAUAAGAAAUUUGACCUUAUUUGUCCAGCAACGGAUAAAAAGACUCAUUUUGUUGGUGAGAAACAUGAUCAAGAAAGUUCCGUUCCUGCUUUCUCACAAUCCGAUUUGUCCAAUUUAUUACACUUAUUACUGGCUAAAUGUUCUAAAAACUGUGACAUGAAUGAUCACCAUCAUUCCGGUGCUGUUAUUAGAGAUACAGGAAUUCCAUCUUGUAAAGAAAAUCAAUCAGUUUGUAUUGAAAAUGCAGAAACGUCACCUCCAUCUGAAAUUGGUUCAGAUAGUUAUUACUCACUAUCGCUUUUUAAAUUAAAUCAUUCACAUAAUAAUCAAUUGUGUCAAGAAGAAAUUACUGAAGAAUCUUUUAAUUGUGAACGACAACAACAGCAACAGUCUUAUUAUUCAUCGUUGGCGGUAUCUGCAUAUAAUUGUUCAGAAAACUCAAUAAAUCAUCAGAACAAUAAUGCAGUUUCUCAAAAUCAAUCAAGUUCAACUCAUUAUCCAGCAGAAUGUAUGAACGAUACGCCUAAUGAUUCUUCAUUAUUGGUAUGCAGUCAGUCUAAUACAACAAAAUCAAUCAAUUCAGUUUUAUCGUCGUUAACUUCAGUAAUAUCUGAUAUUCAUUCUUUUCCUCCACCGAAUCAACAUCAUCUACCGUCAUCUCAUAAAUCGCUAGCAUCUUAUACGUCAAGUCAUUUGCCUGAACAUGAAGAUUCUUCUGGUCUAUUCAUUUCAUCAUCGGCGUUACCACCGUCUUCAUCACCUUUGAAAAAGCAACUGAAAUACACUGGUACUGCUCAUGCUACUUCCUAUCAUAAUAAUAUCAGUAGCAGUACUAGCGUCUACAGUAAUCUGUCAUCUUGUGGUUCUACAACAAGAUUACCAUCACCAUCAUUUCACAAGUUACCGAAUAUGUUUAUUCGACCCAGUGAAUAUAAUCCUACCGAAGAUAAUUUCUAUUCAAAGUUGCACAAUCGGAUUACUAAUUCAAUGCAACAGCAAGGAGAAAAACAAUAUACUACCAAAGAACAACUUCAGUAUCCUACCAGAAUAGCUUCAAUUAGUUCAUACAAUGGCGAUAAUGAUGACAAUACCGGUGUUACCACUACUGGUCAGAAGCAUCCUAAUUUAUCUUUUAUGAAUACUGACGAUUUCCAGUUACACAGUGAUGAAAGUUUAUCUCGGAAAAUUUCAGCUAGCAGUGAAAAUGUAUCCAAUGCAUUUUUAUCUAAACGAAUAAAUGAUGAAAUCAGUAGUAAUCACUGCAACAAACGUAACACUAAUGCUUGUGUACUAAAAGAAGCUUUCAACAAGCGCAUCACUACUACUAAUACUAAUACUACCACUACUACUUCUACCAGUAGUAAUAACAAUAGCAAUAAUAUACCUACUCAGCAUACUAAGAACUCAAAUAGUUUACAUGUAUGCAUUAUAUGUUCACGUCAGUUUAGUCGUUCAGAUAUGCUUCUACGACAUGCACAUGUUCAUACAGGACAUCGACCAUUUGAAUGCACAAUAUGUGGGCAAGCAUUUAGUAGAUCUGAUCAUUUAUCGACACAUCAAAGGACACAUACUGGACAAAGACCUUACCAAUGUCCACUAUGUUAUUACUCGGCAUCUCGACGUGAUAUGAUUACACGACAUUUGAGGGUACACCAAAGACGGGGUCAUAUCAUUCCCAUCAGCGAAGGUGAAAGAAGCAAGAAAUUCUAUUUUACCGCGAAAAUUUGAAAGAAGGGCGACUUCUAAACCUUGAGUAACCAUCCUAAGAAAUUGUACCAUAUUUACACCGAGACAAUCUAAUCGUUCCUAAUUUGUUGAAAACAUGUUGACUGUUUUAUUCCAUAUUUUGAAGAGUGUCUGGAAAUGGUAUGUACAAUCCUGUUUAGAAGAAAACUAAUGACUACACCUUCCACUAUAUUUAAACAGAAAGUGACUAUUUUUUUAAACUGAUCAAUUUCUAGCAGAUCACUUCUCAAUAUUUUUUCAAACAGAAAUCUAUCGCAUUCUUGUACGUGCAUACUAGUGUUUGUACUCUUCCAUUUUUUUUCUAUAUGCGUUCACUAUCGCCUAUGUUAUUCAGUGUUAUCAUGUAAAGAAUAUAUGGAUGUUUUUGUGUGUGUAUGUGUAUGAGAGGGAGACGAUGAAAGCGAAAAAGUGGUAAUACUCAGAAAGAACACUUAUUGCUGCAGAUGGAAACCUUUUUUCUAUCCUUUCGUCUACCAUCAAAUACGACGAGCAAAGUAUUUAAUCUUGCUUAUUUUGUUCAAUCAACCAAAGAAUGUUGGUAUCAUUUUGUUCCCCCUUGCCUUUCCUAGUACAUAUGAAAGUGAUUAUAAGAAAACAGCACAAUGGUUCAUUUUCUGUUUUACUGUUUACCUUUCAUGUUUUACUUGUUGUCACUGCACUUACUUAUAGUCUAUUUCAAUGUAGAAUGUUUGUGUUUUAACUACCACUAUAUGAAUCUCUAAUAUAUACUAGGGGAUUCUCAUUACGAACUGAUUAAAAGAAGAGUCAAGAAAUAUACAUCAAUGAAGACAAACUUUCUGCAAACAAUAACACCAUGAUCAUCAUCAUCAUUACUUGUUUCUCACUGUUUUGAUUAUCUUUCAUGUUGUUUUGUGCAUCAUCAUCACCAUUCCUGUUACUGCAGACUGUCUCCAUAACAUUAUCCAGUCCUUCCUGUAUUUCAGUACAAAAUGUUUUGUUUGUUUACAUACAAUAGACGUUAGAAAUCUAAUUUCGGUGCGCCAAUAUGUAUGAAGUACUGUGUCAACUGAUCAGUUAAGACAUUUCAUUUACUUGUCCAGAAGAUUUGAUUGAACUUUAACGUCAGUGUUUUCCAUCAUUUAUUUUUGUUAUUCAUUCAUUUUUACUACUCAUUUUCUCCUAUUUCUUGUGAUAUGACUAUGACAUAAUAUAUUUUUAUUAUUAUGACUAUUUUGUGAGCAUUUUAUACACAUUGUCUUAUCCCAAUCAAAGUAGCACAGAUAUCGAUUAAUAUUUUGUUUGUUUUUAUUUUUUUCACCCUUUUUUAAUGUUUUAUUUUCCUUUUAAUUAAGAUUUCAAAUAUUUUCGUCUUAUUUUCCUGUUUAUGUUACUUCAGCAUUGGUAAGUAUGCUCAUAUUUUUGGCUAGAAAUUAUGAUUUGCAUCAUUUUACUUUUCAACUGUUUUUUCUCUUGCUGUGUAUUUGUAUACUACUUGUAAGUGUCUUAUGAUUUCAAUCUAUUCAUUACUACCAGUGGCUGUUUUCGUAUACCGUUUAUGAAUAAGUCUUGGGAUCGUCAUGAGACAUUUUCUAGAUACGUUAAAUGGAUAUCAUCUGGGCUUUUUCUUGUUUAGAUUAAAAUGUCAUCUUUAUCAUAGUCUUAGUAACAUCCGCCAUUAUGAUAUAUUUCGACAUAAUAAAAACUUGCUUCUUGUCC